AAUUUUUCUGGCACGCUACAGUACAGACGACCAUUGAUAAGGAACUCCAAGGUCAGGAGUUUCCUGAGCUCAACCCAUUUUAGAUUUCUUUCCCUUCAGUUUGAUCAUCUUCCCAAAGAUUUAAUGGACGCUGAAAAGAGACACGAUCUUCUUCAUAUUUUCUUCUUCCCAUUCAUGGCUCAAGGCCACACUAUUCCCCUCAUAGACACGGCUAAACUCUUUGCUUCUCGAGGUCUCAAGGUAAGCAUAAUCACAACCCCAGUAAACGCUCCACUUUUAUCCAAAUCCAUUGAGAGAAACAGACUUUUGGGUCACAAAAUUGAUCUUCUAGUCAUUCAAUUCCCUUGUGUGGAGGCUGGAUUACCAGAAGGAUGUGAGCGAUUGGACUUGGUUACUUCACAUGAAAUGGGUAUAGAUUUCUUAGCGGCCACCACCUUGCUUGCUCAACCGCUCGAAGAGCUUUUAAAAGAGUAUCGACCCAAUUGUCUAAUUUCAGAUCUUUUCUUUCCAUGGUCAACUCAAGUUGCAUCCAAGUUUGGAAUUCCAAGAAUUGUUUUUGGCGGAACUUGUUUCUUCUCUUCAUGUGCUGCACAUUGUAUGAGAUUGUAUCAGCCUCACAAAAGGGUAUCAUCUGAUAUAGAUCAUUUCGUUAUCCCCAAUUUUCCCGGCGAGAUCAAGUUAACAGGAAAUCAACUACCAGACUUCGUGAAACAAGAAACUAGGUUCUCCAAAUUCUUUAGGGAAGCGAAAGAAGCAGAGUUUAAAAGUUUUGGGGUUAUUGUCAACAGCUUCUACGAGCUCGAGCCUACUUAUGCUGAUUAUUACAGGAAUGCACUGGGUUUAAAGGCCUGGCAUAUUGGGCCAAUUUCCCUAUGGAACACUAACAUUGAAGAUAAGGCAAGGAGAGGAAAAGAAUCUUCCAUGGAUGAAAAUGAGUGUUUGAAGUGGCUUGAUUCAAAGAAACCCAACUCGGUUGUUUAUAUAUGUUUUGGAAGUCUUGCAAAUUUUCCUGCUUCACAAUUUCUUGAGAUUGCAAUGGCUCUUGAAGAUUCCGGGCAGCAAUUCAUUUGGAUAGUGAGGGAAAACAAGAAUAAUAUGCUGGAUAAUGAAGAGUGGUUGCCUGAAGGAUUUGAGGAGAGAAUGAAGGGCAAGGGACUAAUCAUAAGAGGCUGGGCACCGCAAGUAUUGAUGCUUGAACAUGAAGCAGUGGGAGGUUUUGUGACUCACUGUGGAUGGAACUCUACGCUUGAAGCAAUUUCUGCAGGAGUUCCAAUGGUAACAUGGCCAUUAUCUGCAGAGCAGUUUUACAAUGAAAAGUUGGUGACACAAAUUCUAAGAAUUGGAGUUGCUGUGGGCGCACAACAGUGGGCAAGCACAGUAGGUGAUAGCGUGAAGAAAGAAGCCAUAAAGAAAGCAGUGGAGCAUAUUAUGGCCAGUGAAGAAACAGAGGAAAUGAGAUGCAGAGCAAAAAAGCUUGCAGAAAUGGCAAGGAAAGCCACUGAAGAAGGUGGAUCUUCUCAUUCUGAUUUUAAUUCCCUGAUUGAGCAAUUGAGGUGUAAGGGAAUGUAAAAUGUUACUGAAACUCGAAAUAUCAUUUCUUUUCUUUUUUCUCAGAGUGACGAAUAUGGGAUUUAUUUUUUCCAGUUUUUCUCACAGUGAUGAAGAAAUGAUUUUCUGUUCUUCAGCAAUAAAAUUAUUGGAAUAAUUGUAUUGUUA